AUGAACGACCUUCCGAACGAGCUAUGGAACACCAUCUUCGCGACAGCCUGCCUCGAUGAUGGAUCUACAGGUCGUUCACUGUCUGCGGUAACGAAGACGGUUCGAGAGGCAACCGCUGGCGUCAAACUGGGCUCGGUUGCCCUCACCGGCGAGACGCAGGUCACGAAAUUUCGGAACCUCCUUUUGCGCACAGAGACGUGCCGCAGGAAGAUUCAGCAUCUCUUUCUUUGCGUAGAGAACGCGCAUGGACACAGUCCAUGGACGGAGAGCCGGCAGGAGAUACGCGAGUUGGAGGGCGAGCUCUUCUUGACUCCAUGCGAUGACCAACACGGACCGGGCUCGAAAGAGGACAUACGUCGACGACUGAGAGCGCUAUCCGCGCCCUUGGCUGACCGGAAGGCCGUCGUCACAGACUCGGUCGCCAGCAUCAUGUUGGCAUCUGCACCUACGGUGGAACACAUGACGAUCCUGUCCCGCAACCUGGAUCUUACGGCGUUUCACGCACAUUUCAAGCGGCUCGUGGAGCUAACAGUGCAAUACGACGCGUUCGUUCGACGCGAUCCCGCCACGAGCAAACUGGUAUACGUCCAGACGCAACCAGACCUUACCCUACCCACCGUUCGACACCUCCAUCUGAUCAACGACUCUCACGAAGGCUUUUCGCGAGUGUUCUCGCUCGUCAACUCGUGGUUCCCCUCCUUACUCCACCUUCGGCUUUCGGGAGUUGGGAUAUCCGAUCUGGUCCCUGCAGCAUUGCGCAUAUACUUGGACGUCCCGAUAGAUGACGUCGAUCACGACCGUUCGUUGACCAUGAAGGAGAAAGACCGACUGCGAGGUGGAAUAUACUGGGCGGGAUACCUUCGUUUAGAUCCCGACUCACACUUGGAAGCUCUCGCUCUUCAUAACCUCAUGGUCGUGCUCAAGCGCAUAUUCCUGCAGAAGGUUCCGAACAGGAUUUCGAAAGCAUGGGAAGCUCAAGGAACAAUCUCCGCCGUUUUGCAAUGGCUCGUGACCCGCGAUAAGCAAGCUAGACUGGUGGUUAUCAAUCCGCAUGAGCAUUCCACCCCCGUUCAACUCGCGAAGGAGAUCUGGUUGGGCGAAACAGCUGGGCGAGAGCGCUGGUGGGAUGAGGUAGUGAUGGAAAGCAGCCAACCACGUCCCCGGCACCCUUGA